CAUUCAAGACUUUGGGUGAGUUUGAUAAGAAAACAACUAGUUAAUUGUGUUGUUGAACGCUACAUACAUAUAUGUGGGUAAUAAUUAAAAGCUAACUUCCAAAUACUAAAUAGCAACUUCCGUGUUUUCUUAUAUUUGUUACUCCUGUGGUACAUAGAAAGUAAAAUAACUUCUCAUAUAAAUUAUAAAGUUGUUCGGAUAGUUUCAAAGUAAAGAAAAUUGGUCGAAGGAUUUCGGGAUUUGCGUGUGCUUUGUCUUAAGUAAAGACAUCACGAACACUAUGGCCGGGGCUCCUUUCCUUUUCAACGAAAUCGAAAGAAUAAUAAGGAAUACUCCACUCUAUGCCCUUGCAUUGGAAACUUUUCUUUUACUGUCUGUCAUAUGGUUGAUCUUUUAUAAACGGAAUGGUCGAAAACGUUAUACUUCUGAAGAAGAAGAGGCCAUCAUUCAAAGCUUUGAACCUGAAGCGCUUGUUGCAGAAGUAGACAAAAAUCAUCCAGCCCUUAAACCACGUAUGGUUUCAGGUAAAGUGGGGAAGUAUAUUAUUGUGAAUGGUUACACGUGUUUGAAUUUAUCCACCCAUAAUUACUUGGGCUUUUUGGAAGAUGAAAAGAUAAUAGACGAUGCCGUCAAAAGUUUGAGAAAGUACGGAGUGGGAUCGUGUGGCCCAAGAGGUUUUUAUGGGACAGUGGACGUUCACCUGGAGUUAGAAGAGCGCCUGGCUAAAUUCAUGGGAACUGAAGAAGCUCUAGUGUACUCCUAUGGGUUUUCUACAGUAGCUAGCGCUAUACCAGCAUAUUCCAAAAGAACAGACGUGAUUUUUGUUGAUGAGUCAGUAAACUUUUCCAUACAAAAAGGAUUAGAUGCUUCAAGAAGUAAAAUUUUUUAUUAUAAACACAAUGACAUGGCUGACUUGGAACGUUUACUAAUCGAGCAACAAAAGAGAGAUUUAAAGAAUCCGAGCAAAGCAGCUAAAACUAGACGUUUCCUUGUUGCGGAAGGAAUCUACAUGAACACUGGAGAAAUUUGUCCCCUUCCUGAGCUUGUCAAUUUGCGUUCAAAAUACAAAUUACGUUUGUUUCUGGAUGAAAGUAUUUCCUUUGGAACCUUAGGGAAAACUGGACAUGGAUUGACCGAGCACUUUGAUAUUGAUCGCAUUGAAGUAGAUCUUAUAUGUGCUGGAAUGGAAUGGGCUGUUGCAUCAAUUGGAGGCUUUUGUGUUGGUUCAUCGUUUAUUGUAGAACAUCAACGGCUCUCUGGAUUAGGUUAUUGUUUUUCCGCUUCGCUGCCACCACUUUUAACACAGGCUGUUAUAAGUGCAUUAGACCGCUUUGAAAAAGAACCGCAAAUGUUCAACCAAUUGGAAAACAUAAGCCGUAGUAUGCAUCAAAUUUUCAGUAAUUUUUCAAAGCUGACGUUGCGUGGGAAUGAAAUUUCUCCAGUAAAGCAUUUGUAUAUAAAAAAUUCCCUAGGAAAUGAGGAAGAACAAAAACUUCUAGCAAAAAUUGCUGACAAGUGCAUUGAAAAUAACAUUGCUCUAAUUGAAGCACAUUAUUUGGAAGCACUGGAAAAAUUUCCCCCUAGACCAAGUUUGCGGGUCACUUCAAAUAUUCUGUUGACCAAUACAGAACUAAAUACUGCCUUCGAUGUUAUAGAAAAAGUGUCCAAAGAUAUUUUAGAAUAAAAUUUUCCGCUUUAAAAACAUUAUUCAUAAGCUUAAGAACAAAAGUAUCCUAUAUAUAUUAUUAAUGCUUAAGAAGCACUAUUGUUUGGAGGUCUUUCAGACUUCCAUUGAUUAAAAAACACAAAAUAACAUAAGUAUUAAAAAAAAAUAAAAUCAAAAUUUCUUUAAACAUGAAAA